GAAAUAGAUACUAUAAAUUUGCUGACUGGAGAUUAUCUGAACAACAAUUUCAUUAGAGUUUAGCAUAAAAACUAAAGGCUCCUCAGCUGUUCUGCUUGACUGACUAAAGAUGCUCACAGACAUUACAGAAGGAGAAUUUGAUAUCAAAGAGGAAGAACCAUGGUACGAUCAUCAAGAUCUGGAACAUGAUCUUCAUUUGGCCGCCGAAUUGGGUAAAAAUUUAUUGGAGCAGAACAGAGACUUAGAAGAGACGCUCCAACAGAUGUACAUCAGCAACCAGGAACAGAUACAGGAGAUAGAGUAUCUUUCUAAACAGGUGGAUUUGCUGAGGUCAGUGAACGAUCAGCACGCUAAAGUCUAUGAGCAGCUGGAUUUAACCGCACAAGACCUGGAGCUGAAAAACCAGCGACUGGUGCUGGAGAACAGAGCAGCUCAGCUGAAGAUCGAAGGGCUCACAGAGACGGUGGAAGGGCUGCAGACUCAGGUGGAGGAGCUCCAGAGAGACAUGCAGAAGCCGAAGCUGGUUUCUGAUGAACAGGCCCGGUCCAGUGAUUGUGAUAGAGUUCAGUGCAAGGAGACCUGUCAGUUACACGAGUGCUUUUCCCAUGAGCGCUCUGUUUCCACCAGCAGCUCGUCUCUGAAGCGUGAGGAACAGGACGAGCUCUGGGAGCUCAAGCGCUCGGUUGAUUCCCUGCAGGCGCAGCUGAGCACAGAGCGCGCUCAGAGAGAGGCGGCCGAGCUGGAAACUGAUGCUCUGGCGCAUGAACUCAUCCAGCUGGAGCCCAGAGCAGCGCUGCUGGGAGUCUACAAGGAGCGCCUGGCCGAGACGGAGGCUGAAGUGCAGGAGCUCCGCCUGCUUUUGCGCUCGAGCAAAGACAACGUGGACCUCCCAUUGGAUGAUGAAGCGGGCGGGGCCGGACACAGGGGGCGGAGCCUGCGGUGCUGCAGCAGCGAGAGGCAGUUGCUAAGCAACGAGCAGCCUGAAGGGCAGCAUCAUGGGAUCUCUCUGCUGAACGAGAUGGAUGCUCAAUACGCCGCCCUGCAGGAGAAAUACGACACGCUGCUGCGCCGCUGCCAGGAUGGGAAGUUGUCCGAGAACCAAAAAACUGCUCAAACGCACACAAACACCAAGAACGAUUCCCAGCAGCCCGAGUACAAGGCCCUGUUUCAGGAGAUUUUCAACUUUAUCCAAAAGAGCAAAAAGGACCUGAAGGAGAACAGGAUCAAGCCCAGUCAGGCUGAAUGAGGCACUGAUCUGCAUCUAUGUCUGAACUGAGGGAAUUAUACUGACAGGACUAGGAUGGUGUGAUACCACACAUUACUCUCUGCUUUUAUUGCCACUUUUAUUGUCUGGUGAGUGUAUAUAAAGCACUUUUGUAAAUACUUCCAAAUGUCACUGUGAAACAAAAAGCUGUAAACUUAAAUGUACUGGAAAUCUUUGUGUAUUUAUAGUGGGAUGAAUCUCAACAAAGACAUUUCCAGGUUAUAUAUUACCACAUAAUCAGUAG